GACUAGCUGCUGGGCGGCAGCUGGCGGUGCUUCACGUCCCAUCAGCGUCCCAUCCCGGCGGCGGCGGCGAUGUCUAGCGGGGACAGCCGGCGGUGGGCAGGCCCCUCCUGGCACAGCACCUUGUCCCGCUUCUUCUCCAGGAGCCCACCGGGAGAGGGGGCGGCGGCGGCGCCGGGUCGGCCGGCAGGCGCGCACAGUUCUGAAAACAAAGGGAAUGAAGCCAGAAAUUUAAAGAGCAAACAAAAGGAAAGCACAACUCUGCCUGCACUUUUAAAGGUUUGUAAAAAUGAAGAGAAGAACCAUUCCACAGAAGAACUUAGUAAAUCUGAAAUCCAGGAGGAGAUGAAAAAGUCUAAUAGUCUUCCUAGUUUGACACCUGGAAUCAAAACAGCAGAUAAAGACAAGCAACCCCGAGAAGGCUUUUUUCAUUUUCUUGGAAGCUUAUUUAAUAUUGCAACAAAAUCAUCUUCGAUAGACUCUAAACCUUCUACCUUCCAAGAUGAACCCAACAGAUAUGAAAAGGAUUUACAGAACACUAAUACCCUUCUGGAGACCAUAAAGCCAAAGCGUCUAAAAAUUGAAAAGCCUGUCUGUUCAUCUAGAGUUAAAGAGGAUUCUGCAAACAAAGAUGGUGCCAUCUUCAAUAAUAUUGGGAAAGAUACCUCACAGGAUCUGCAAGGAGGCUGCAAAAGAUCUGCAGAUGCACAUAAGCAGAUACAACGGAAGCCAGAAGCACCUGCAGUUACUUAUGCAACAUACAGAGGUUCUGCAAGGAUUAGGCAGCUACUGAGGAGUCAAUCAGAAAUUGCUGGGAAAGGAAAAGAAAGUACUGAGAACAAAAUUGCUUCAACGGUAAAAGAAAAUGGAGAGAUCCAAACGACUGCCUUUCAAAAAUCAGGAGACGUAAUAAAAGAAAAUGGAGAAAAUGAGUAUGAAGGUCGUGAGGACGGUGUUAUAGUAAAUUCGUCUGCAUUUAAAAUGAGAACAAAAAAGUCUGGUAAAGCUCAGCAUUACUGGGGUGGAAGUAAACAUGAAAUAACUUCAAAGGCCAUGACUUCAUCUACUGAAUCAUCUCAUGAAAUAGACUUAAAACACGCACCUUCUUUAGCUGCAACAGAAGUUAAAAGGACAUAUUCCCUAGUUACACUAUUGUCCUCUAGUAGUAGAAACAGUGAGAUCCUAGUCAAUUCCACUCCUCAAAUUAACAGUUCCCUUAAAAUGAGUUCUGCAAAUGAUCUGGUUGGAAAAAAAGACGGAUUGCUAGGAGGUGCAGAAGCUCUGUUUCAGGCAGACCAAAAUGCUACUUCUAACUUUGAUAAAGGUAAUCAUUGUAGUUUAGCAGCUCGUAAGGAGUCCACACAGAAAAUACAGGAUGAUUGUUUACAUUUACCCAAACCAGCUAAUGAUGAACUACAGGUGAAUAAGGCAGAAUAUUGCUGUAAUCAUCAAGCAGAUAGUCACUUGGAGCUAACAUUGUAUGUCCAGCUUGUUCAUUCCAGUACUACUGCAGAUUGGAAGAAGAAAGAAGAUUGGCACACAGGUAGUGCAAAUAAAGGUAGUGAUCCAAGAGAAAGUGACACACAGAAAAUUGUGGCAGCUGUAGCAGGAGAGGAAAAUCCACAGAACUUUGUUGCUACUGCUCUUUUACCUUCUAAUGAACAAAUACCCUCUUCACCUAGUAUGGAAUCCAGGGGCGGGACAUGUAUAGUUGCAGGUAAUCUAGCUGCUUCAGUGACAUCUUUUAAAAAUGAAGAAGAUAUGGUCAUGGGGACUUGUAAUGAAGAACUGAGUGAGUUAGCAAAACCUAAGCAUGUGCAAAAUGAUCACCAGUGUGUCCUUGUGGAGAAUUCUAGGGACACUUCCACACUGCAAGCUGAUUUAAUUUGUCUAGAAAUGGAGGGUGUGAAAACAAUGAAGAUUUCAUCUGAGGUUGCAGUGGAGAACCUUGCCAAUGUGUCGCCAUGCAUAAAUGGGUAUGAGAGUUUAAAAUCUAACUUUGAUGAACUGACAGCACCUCUCCCUGUUACUUAUGAGUCUUCUUGUGAAACUGGAGACUCUUGCUCAUCUUCUCUUUAUCCUCAUUUCAAGACUGCAAAUGAAACUGUGGGGGAAAGAGACACCUCUUUACAAGAUGGGAAAAAGACUGCCUUUUGUCCUGGUCUUGACUGUGAAAAGAGCAAAUCUUUUGAUCCUGUAGAGAUGAGCCUUGUGGAAAGCUCAGUUCCUGUCUACAACUGUGGUCCUGUUUCCUUUGAAACUAUCCAAGACGUUCCUGACAAGGCGUUAGUUGAACUCACAGAAGUUAAUACAGCAAAGCCUGCAUCUAGCCUCUUAAUCAGCAAUGACAGGACACAUGAUCAUGCUCAUGCUCUUGCUGCUUCUAAAAUUGAUAAGGCUGGUAUGACCGAGGUUGCUUUUGUUAAUUCUGAGUGUAAGGAUUGCAUUUCUGAACUUUGCUCUGAUGUUUCUAAGUCACAAGAAAACAUUCUGGAAGUUUCUGAUGCUGCCUUGAGGGAUGGAGAAAGACCUUUGACCAACCAUUCUGCUUUCAUCUGUGAAAAAGACCUUGAUGAAGACAUCAUUUCUGAAUCUACACCUAUUUCUGAAGAUAGCCAUAGCAAUUUUUCUUCCAAGAAGGCAAAUGGUAGUAAGCCUAGGAUAUCAUGCACAGUACUUGAAUCUUCAUGUGAGAACCAAGGAAAAAUGCCUUCUCCUGCUACUAAUUCUGAAAAUGGCCAGACUGCUAGAUGGUCUGCUGCUUCUGUACAAGACAGUGUUAUUUUUCCAGCUGCUGAACGUAGGAGAGUAAUCCCUGAGGAGAGAAUGCCUGAGGUGUCACUUUGCUCAGGAGAUCUGAGAGCUUCAUGCCCUGAUAGUUCUCUGGAACCUGAGCUUACUCCUUCUAUGCUUGAUUGCUCUGCUGCUGGACAACAUGUUGAGGGUAUUGGUAUCCCCAGGCACUCUUCACCUACUCCGGGAUGCAGAGAAGCCUCCAGCCUUUCUGUUUCUUCCUUGGAAACAUUGGACAUUGCUCAGGGGAGAAGCCAUUCCUCCAGUUACGGAGCUGGUGAUGGGGAAGAGGAGUCCUCCUCCACACAACAGGCUGACAUCAGUGUCUUGGCAGAGGCAACGCUGUUACCCACCUGUCCUUUGAAGUCUCUGGAAAUAGCAUCUGAGACAGCCUGUACUGAAAAUGUGUGCAGCAGUGCUGUGGGACAGGUGAAUGUUGAUAACUAUGCUCCUGCUAUCUUAGAAGCCUCUUCUGUGAUGGAUGAUCAAACAGCUGCUGCACCUGCAAAAUCAAAUAAGCUCUGUUCUGAGGAAGUAUGGGAAGAUCCUGAUGUGAAGGCACAAGGACAUACUAAAUUCCAAGAUGCUGCUGUUUUGUUUAAAAAAGCUGAAGAAAUAGUGGAAUCGGUUUUACACUUGGCUAUAGAAGAAAUAAUAGCAAAACAAGCCAUUGGUGUUUGCCAGCUUUGUGGGAGCAAGGAUAGUUUAGUAAAUAUGGAUAUUCAAAGCAAUCAGAAAGCUGGAACUGCACAAUUGGAAGCAGAAAAAAUCCAAUCAGCUGUUCAGUCAUUAAAACCUUUUAAGGAGAGCAAUGGAAGAAGCUUAUCUUCAUUUGCAGAAAAUGAAACAGUAGAUACAAAUAAUCAAGAUGAAAAGAUACUGUCUUGCAUCCCUGAUAAAUUUGACCUACAUAGUGCAAUAGCACUAAAAGCAAAAGAAAUAAUUGAUGAAGUCAUUAACUCAGCCAAACAAAAACUGGCAUCCAGUCAGUGGCAAGACAGUGAGAGUAAAAGGUCUUUUGAAGAAGUUGAGCCUAAACCUAAUGUGGAAAUUCCAAAGUUGUUAAAGCUGGAUAUGAAGUUACCUACUAAAGCACAUAAACCAACAGAGAAGGUAGAACCUCAGAGUGUAGCAGACAACUGUGAAAAGGCAGAUCACUCAGGUUCUCCAUUACUUCCAGAUAGUGUGGAAAAUGGCAUAGGUUGGCUCCAAAGAGGUGAAAAGAUACCAAAUAAUGCAUUUACAUGUCAAACAAAUGGAUUUCUACCCACUGGUAGUUCAGCAAGUCCGGAAUCAGAUCUUAUGAUACCAGCAAAAGAGAGACACAGUAGAAAGGUGUGUGAACAUCUGGCUGCAGCAGAGAUGUGUGACAAAGCUGGAGCAUCAGCAAGCAGUAGAGAAUCUGAUGGCUCUUUACAUUUAGUAGAUAGAGAUGCUGCUGUGACUGAUGAGAUUCUUCUCUUACAGCAGUUAAAGGAUUCGUGCAAUAAUAUAAAUAAAACAGAGGGCACAUCACUGCCAGCUGUAGAUGUUAAUUUGCCAUCUUUCGUGCCUGAUGAGGACUGUAUCGUCAUGCAGAAUGAAUCCAAAGACAACAGCAGUCCUCAGGGGUCUUUGGAAAGCUGUGCGGAGGACAGUCCAUAUGAGCACUGCGGAAGAGAGGCUGCAGAAGAAGUACCUGCACAAGUAAAAGCAGCCUUAGAAGAUUCAAAUACAGUGGAGAGUAAAGAGGAACUAGCAGAAGGGGCAAGUGAGACAGCAGAGGUUAAUCUUGGAUUAAAUGCACAGUUCAUUGUACCUGAAUUGUCUGUUACCGGGGAGGACAGUGAAGGGGAAAACUACUCCAACACAGUCUUUGCCGAAAAUGAUGAGAACCUGAAGCGGGUAGAAAUGAAGGAUCAAGACCUGAAGAGAAAGGAUCAGCUUGAAGAAAAUAGUUUGGACUGCAGCGAUGACAUGAAGGAAUCAGCAAAUCUUCUGGCCUUUUCUCCAUUAAUUGAACAGUGGGAAAACAGUUCUUUUACUGUCAUUUACGAAGGUGCCCUUCAAACUGAGAACAAAUCUGUCUCUACCAAGGAUACGCAGACUGGUUUGCUUUCUCCUUCUGACUUGCCUUCAGAUAAUCGAGAUCAUCUAAUGUGUGAAAGAGCAAAGAACGGGCAUGAGCCAGCCUGUCUUUAUGGGAAGGACAACAAGUUGAAUGAAGCAACAGCUAGCUGUAGCUCAGAGUCAUUUCUGAGUGUGGAGGCCAAGCGCUAUAGAGUGUAUCCUUUCUCUUUGUCUCCGAUAUACGAAGAUGACAGCUCCCAGGAAGACGUACUUUCCACAGAUGUGUCACCAGAGGGCCAUCCCAGUGGAAUAUCUAAAGAUAACACUGAUAAUGCUUCUGUGCUUUCCCUUCUUCAGUCAGUUUCUGAGCGCUUGCAGUUUACUAGUCAGUUCCGAGGAGAGGAAGAAGAGGAGGAGGAGGAAAAAGAGGAGGAGGACAGAAUGGUAGACGAGGAGGAAGAGUCAACAUAUGAAGAAAAUAUGCUUGAUGUUGAGAGAGAAGAUGACUGCCUUUCCAGUCAGUGCAGGGGGAAUUUAAAAACAACCCUUCAGUCUAAUGACCAAAAUAAAUCUUUUUUUCCUGAACAAACACUUUUUCUUUCAAAAGAACAGCUUGACUCUAAGGAGCAACCAAAACUGUUUCCAGAUGCAGCUUCUUCCAGUGAGACACCAUGUGAGCCAAUUUCACAGGAGGCUGAUGCUGCUCCAAAGCAUCCCUCCACAAGUGUGUACUACCAGUUUUGGAAAUCUACCAGCAACUCCUCUGCUGAGAAAGGGAACAGAUUUGGAAGUAUUCUGCAGGAAAUGUUGCAGCCAAAGAUUCAUUGGUCUCAAGACAACACCAUGCCAAAACUGGGAGAACUGUCAGCGAACCUCAUUGACAGGGCAAGUCUCAAAUGCAAUCCAAGACCAGGAAAGAUUAUCAUUUAUGAUAUUUAUGGUGACAAAAGUAAACAAGAAGUUAAUUCUGAUAUGCUAGAUACCACGUCCUGGAUCUUUCCCAUUGGAGCAUUACUUAGGAUAAUUAGAGGAUGUUGGAUUUUUUAUGAGAAACCGAAGUUCCAGGGUCAGAAACAUGUACUAGAAGAAGGAGAGACUGUGCUGGAUCACCUUUGGGAUCUUCCAGGCAUGAAACGUCAUCAAAGAAACCUCAGAGUUGGUUCAAUCAAGCAUGUGACAAAGGACUGUGGUGUUCCAGAGGUAGAGUUCUGUCUUGGAGCCAGCACAGAGGGACUUCCUAUCUGCAUACAGAGUGCAGUUGCCAAUUUAGAAGAACUGGAUCUUGAGAAAAACCCUUACAUAAGUGUAAAAUCAGGAGUAUGGCUUGCUUAUUCAGACUUUAAUUAUAAGGGAGAGAUGAAGGUUUUGGAAGAAUGUGAUUCACAAUCUGAAAUUCCUUCAGCAGAUGUGAAAUCUUUGCGUCCCUUAAAAAUGGGUGGCCUAAAGGUGCAGAUGCCGAUGAAUGUCCAGAUCAUAAUAUAUGAGAAAACCCAUUUUGGAGGAUGGUGCAAAGAGAUUUCAGAAAACAUCAGUUCUGUCCCAGCUCUGUUUGGCUGUGGAGAGGAGUUUCACAAAGUUGGAUCAAUACGUGUCAUUGGUGGAGUAUGGGUUGCCUAUGAUAAGGAACGCUACAAGGGCCACCAGUACUUGCUGGAGGAGGGAGAUUAUGAAGACAGCCACUCGUGGGGGGCAGCUGACAGUGUCCUCCUGUCCUUCCGGUUCCUUCAGGCUGAUUUCAUAGAGUCAUCAGUGUCCCUGUUUCAGUCUGAUGAUGAAGAUGGAAAAGUGUUAGACAUCAUUAAUGAAGAAAUCCCUGAUCUGGAGAUGGCUGGAUUUGGCCCAGAGACAAGAUCAAUUCUUGUGAGAAGUGGAGUGUGGGUUGCAUAUAAGCAGAAAUAUUUCUGUGGAGAACAAUAUGUAUUGGAGAAAGGAAAAUACAAAUGUUUCUUUGACUGGGGAGGAUCUAGCAAAAUCAUCAUGUCGAUUAGACCUAUUAAGUUGGAACCGCUUGGGACAAAUGAACCUCCACAUUUGCUCAAAGCUUUCAGUAAUACACAUUUCCAAGGAGCAUGUAUAGAUUUCACAGCAGAAGUUUCUGAUUUUCCAUCAUUCAUACCAUGUUCUUUUAAGGUUCUUCGUGGAUGUUGGCUCCUGUAUUACCAAGGGGAAAUCACUGACAAUCAGUGUGUGCUGGAAGAAGGCCUCUACGUUGACCUCAGUUCCUGUGGCUGCCCAAAAGCUACAAUCAAAUCCCUCAAGCCUAUUCAAUACGUUUUUGCUGAGCCCUCCAUCAGUCUGUUUGCUCUGGAAUGCUGCAAGGGCAGAGAACUGCACUUCAGUGAACCCAUCAAUUCUGUUUUGAAUGAGGACCUUCAUUUUUACACUCAGUCUGUAUGGGUGAGAAGUGGAUUGUGGAUUGCAUAUGAAGGAUGUAAUUUUUUAGGAAAGCAGAUCCUGCUGGAACCCGGUGAGAUUUCCAACUGGAAUGAACACAGUGACUGGAAAGUAAUUGGCUCCCUUCGUCCUGUGAAGCAGCCAGCAGUGUACCUCAGAGUGAGGAACCAAGCCCAAGGGAAAUACCUGACAGUUGCUGGAAGCCUGGCAGAUAUAAGAGCAACAUCAGUGUAUGUGUCCCCAUACAAUGGGAAGAAUACCCAGAUCUGGCACUAUUGUCACGGACUCUUCAAAUCCAAGGCUAACAAUGCCUGUCUGGAUGUCAUUGGUGGCAGAGAUGUGCCUGGGGCCAAAGUGGUGCUCUGGACAGAACAUGGGAAGGACAGGCAAAAGUGGAGAGUCAGCAAGGAUGGAACCAUCAGUUCAUAUCUCAGUGACCAACUGGUGCUUGAUAUUAAAGGAGGAAAUUAUUAUGACAAGAAUCAUAUCAUUAUGAAUCAGCUGGUGGAUGGCAAAUAUUCACAAAAAUGGGAUAUUGAAAUAUUGUGAGUAAAACCCCACACAUGUGGACCUUCUAUGAGUUAUUAACACCUUGAGGGGAAAAAAAAAUCAACUACUGAAGUCACACACCACUGGAACCUUAAGCAGCAUCUCCUUUACUUUCCUUCGUGCCAAGAACCAACUCCUGAAACAACUGAAUUUUGCAUAAAUCUGGAAGAUGGGAGGUUGAUUAGAUGGCUUUCUGCUGGAAAGUUGAUUCUUUAGAGGCCAGUGCUGUGAAAGUCACUAUUACUCUUCAUCUGAUGUAUUAAAAGUAAAUGCAAAAGACCAGACAUAAGUUUUGCAGGAUAUGAACUGCAAGAGAUAAUAUGGGGAAAGCUGUUUCAAAAUGGUGGGUUUUAUCUUUUUCUCAAAACCUGGUGGAAGCUCACUGAAGAAUGAAUGCACUAAUGAACUUGAAAGAGGUUGAGCUGAACUUUUGUGUCCCAAGUGAAACUGUACAGGCUUCAAGUGAUCCUGAAGCUCAAAUCAUAUCUCCUGCUAAAAUGCAAUUUUAUUCUUUUUUUUAUAAAGACAACUUUGAACUGGAAUGACCAGCUCAGCACAUGCAAUGGGGCAGGAGAGAAAGCCUGACUUUUCUCCUCCCCUUAUGUUACUGGUAGGCCUUUCUUUUCAGUUCUUUUAACAGUACCAAAUUUCCAGAUUCAGGAACUGGUUUUGCUGACCCAUGUCCUGUUUCCAGCCCAUGAUACUGAUUUACCAUUGAAAGUCACCUUUAGCACAGACCCAUAUGUGCAUGUAUCACAAUAGAAUAAACAAUCCUGGGCUGGGCUAGAUUUUUCCAAGGGCUAGCUGCAUUUAGAGCAGUCAUGAUCCUAACUCAAGCUGUAGUUUGUUUUGAUGUAUAUAGAUUAAUUUAAUACAGCAUAAUUUGGUCUUGAAACUAAGUCUUCCUUCAGAAAAUAAUUCACCCGAGUGUGUCUUUUUAAAGGUGCUAGCAGCCUGCAUUUCAAUGCUUGCUUCAUCUUAAAAGAACAGCAUCAGUGCAUGUUAAAGUUACCAUGGCUCCUCACCAAGAGACACCUCUUACCCCAAAGGGUGAGAACUUGGACUCCAUGGUCCAGCCCUUGGCAUGCGAGUGCUUUCCUCCAUUUCAGCACUAUGCAAUAUGCAUAUGUGAUUUUGUUUUUAAGGAGGAAAUUAUUAUGACAAGAAUCAUGCGAAUUAUGCGUGAUUAUGCAUGACAAAAUAUGCAACGUGCCUACAAGCUGCCACCUGAGAGAGAUAAACACCUUCUUGGACUGCAGUUGUUGCAAGCUUGAAAAGCACAUUCCUCACUCAACACUAACAAGUACUUGAGGAACUGCGGAUGGUUGUAGGGCUGUGAACACCUGCAGUGGAAGAGAAGGCCCUUAGAUUACUGGUAACUUAAUUUGAUUUCAGCGUCACUAAAUUAAUCAACUUCAUUGCAUAUGUAAUGUUUUUUUCCUUAUUUGUAUAUUCAGGGUAUGCAUUUCUAGAAUUAUUUAAAGAGUUUACGGUAGCUAAAGAGGGAUAUUUUAGUUUCCAAAAGCUGUAACAAUUCUUCUUGUGCAUUUGGACAGGAUUCAUUCCCAAACAGAUAAAAACACAUAACCGUAAGUUUGCCACAGAAAUAAAAUAUAUGGAUGUCUAUUUUUUUAUGAAAUUGAGUUCUAUAAAGUACUAUUUAAAAAAAAAAGCAAACCUAUCUACUUGCACUUACUAUUUUGCAUUCUAAAAUUAGCCUAAAACUAAGUAGUGUCCUCAAACGUAUGUACAUAUUUUUGUGACUAAAGCACUUAUUUUGCUUUUUUAAUAUAAAUCAGUAUAUCAAGUGUUUUAUGCGUGACUUGCUUUCCAUUUGUAAAAUAAAAGCCUGUGUAAAAAGUUCUAGGCUUUUAAACCGAGAAUGACUAAAUCAUAUUUGGUGUGUCAGUGUUAUAAAAAAGUAAAGCAGGCUUUUGGUAUGUAAAAGAUCUCGAAUGUAAAAUGCUGAUUAUGUAUAUUUUAAUUGUAUAAAACUUUUU